UCAUCUUGAUUGCCCUCCUCUGUACACCUUGCAGCUUGUCAACAUCCUUCUCAAACUGUGGUGCCCAGAACUGGACAUAUGACUCCAGGUGUAGUCUGGCCAUCAUUUGAAAAAGAAAAUUCAGAGCCGCCUUGGAAGGGACCCCUAAGGGUCAUCCAGCCCAGCCCCAACUUUGCAUCGAGAUUUGAUUCAUGUGUGGGCACAAGAUUUAGGACAUAAUAUACAAAUGAAAAAUUGGGGAAAGUUAUGAAAGGUGGACCUAAAAUUUAAGGAUUGUAUAACUUUGAAGAGAAUUAUAUUAAAAUGAUGUAUCAAUGGUAUAUGACUCCUGUUAAAUUUGCUAAGAUGUAUACAACAAGCUCUAAUAUAUGUUGGAAGUGUAAAGAGAAAGAAGGAACCUUUUACCACAUGUGGUAGAAUUGCAAAGCAAUCAAAAACUAUUGGGAAAUUAUCUAUAAUCAGAUGAAAAAAAUGUUUAAAAUAACUUUUGCUAAAAAAACAGAACCUUUUCUACUAGGUAUUAUAGGACAAUAAUUGCCAAAAGAGUUGAAUAACUUAUUUAUGUAUGUUACAAUGGCAGAUGGGGUCCGACUAGCUCAAAAAUUGAAUGACGAUAAGAUACCAGCGAAAGAAGACUGGCAAGUUAAAAUGAUGGAAUAUGCAGAAAUGGCGAAACUUACAGGAAGACUAAGAGACAAAGACAACAGAGACUUUUAAAAAGACUGGGAUCUGUUUAUGUUGUACUUGCAGAAUUAUUGUAAAGAAAUAGACCCUCUAGCAGGGUUUGAGUAAACACUUACAACUAAGCAAAUAAGUAUAAAAGAUAAGGAACAAUGAUCUGGAAAGCAAUUAAGUGCAAGAUGUAAUCUGAAUGAUAUGGUAUAAAAAUGAUAAGAAAAUAAGAGCAUUUAGUUAAAAGAUUUUGAAAUUAAGGUAAAAUAAUGUAAGCAGAAGCAGCAAAUACUUAAAGAACCAGAAGGGAAAGUUGACGGAAGUCGCUGGGUGGGGGAUGGGGGGGAGAGAAUGGGAUUUAUGCAUUCUUGUUGUUUUUUCUUGUUUAUGACUAUGUUGAUAUAAAACUGUAAAACCCAAUAAACAAAUUAAAAAAGAGAUAAAUUUGAUUCAUGUGGCAAAAAGUUCUGGCCUCCUUUGCUUUUGCCAGUUGCUGUGGAACCAUUUAAAUGAUGCUGUCUCCAAGGUGGCAGUUAUGGAACUGUGUGAGAAUGGAAUGCUCAGGAAUGCUUCAUUCCCAGCAGCAAACUGACACAGCCAUUACCCUCCAGAACCUUCCUUCCUUACAGACCCUCUUGGGUGCUGUCUCUCGGUAAUUUCUCCUCCCUCAGAGGCUCGCAGUGGGGCACCCCCCCAGGGCAGGGCCUUCUCUGUGGCGGCCCCUAAACAGUGGAACUCCCUCCCCAAAGAGGUACUCCUGGCACUUUCCUUACACAGCUUCCAGAGGAUACGGAAGACGCACCUCUAGAACCCGGCUUCUGACGUCUGAGGUGUCUGUUUUGUAAGUUAAAAUGGAAGAGCAAUUUGAGGAUGGGAACUUUGUGCAAGACCUGAAGGAAGACCCUGAGGAGCGAGACCUGGCCUCUAGCCUCCCUGAUGGAACCCUUGCUCACAACAGCCCCGAGACAGGAAUUGACCUAUGGAUAUGGGUCCCGUAUUUGGAGGGAACCAGCUGGAACAGCGCCCCCUUGCAAGCCCUAGAGCGGUGCCUGAGGGAGCUGCCCCAGAACCCCCCCAGCCAGCUGUGGUUGCCAACUGCCAGCUCCUCCAACAGCAGCUCCCCGGAGAGGCAGCACCCAUGGACCAUGGAGGAGGUGGAGGCCCUGAGUUCAGCCCAGGAAGACACGAGAUCAAAGGUGGAUUGGACUUUGUGGCAGAAGGGGACGGAGUUCAGGCCUUGGAGCGCAUUGCUCACUCCAGAGGAGGAAAGGGGGCUUCCUUCCACCCAAGAACCAGAGCUUAUCACCAUGGGCAGCCAAGCUUCGUCAGCCUCCCCGCUCUCCAUCCUGGAGAGAUUCCUGGCCAACAUUGCCAUGAGCCAGCUGUUCCCCUCCAACAUCCCACCUGGCGAUGCCAAGGGUCUGGGCGACGGGGUACCCAGGGGAUCCUGGCAAGGGAUGGUUGGAUCACAUCCCACAAAAGCUGCUGCAGAUCCUGGCCACCAACCUGUGCUAGAUUCCUGGAAGGAAGAAGAGCAAGAAAUGGUGGCAAAGAAGAAGCCCCUGAAAGGGGUGCUGAAGCGCCUGAAGGAACUGAUUAACAGCCACCCGCCUCACAUAUUCCGCAGGAACCGCAACAGCAGCUGGCAGUCAGCCCUGCAGCAGAAGACGAGGAAAGGGACCUGUGGGUCUCCCCAUGGCCAAGUUAAAUUGGAUGCAGAGGAUGAGGAGCUGCCUGCCAAUAGCCCCCAAAAUGCUGCUGCACGAGGUGCAUCCAGCCCUCCGAUUGCUCCCUCAGGUCGCUCUUCCACCUUCCAGACUGAAAGAGGAAGGAAAAGAAGCUGGUCAGAGGUGGAGGACAGGAACAUCUUUGCAGUGUUUAAAAUGGAAGAGCAAUUUGAGGACGGGAACCUUGUGCAACACCUGAAUGAAGCCCCUGGGGAGGAGCGAGCCCUGGCCCCUAGCCUUCACUUGGCUGUGGAAGAAGUAAAGGGACAAAACUUUUGUUAAUUUAGACACAAAUCAGAAGUUAUUAAACAUUUUUCUUAUGUGGGUUUGAGUCUUCCUAGAGGUUCACGAAUCCUGUUUGAAAUGAAAAGUUAUUUCCUGGAAAAUCUCUGUCAGGAAUGAUGUUCCUAUAAUGCAUAGGUAUAUACAUACAAAACAAAACCUGAUAAAUCAAUAAAAAUCUAUCAACAACAACAACAACGAGACAAUUAAGAGUGGGAGAACUCUGAAAUUUAGCUGUGGAAAGAAUUUUGCAUGUUAUAAUUGGAACUGGGCAACCUUUUUUGCAUUGUUGAUGGUUCAGUACUUA